CUUGGUUUCACAAGGUCGAACACCGGCAGUGCACGCCGCAGUGCUUCAAUCCUUCAGAUGGCGCGAGGACUUGUCCUCUGUUCACAAACCAGAACCAUCGCCAAGCUUUCCUUUUUCCUCCCGUAUCCCAAAUUAUGGUUCAAGCCCCACUGCCACCAUCACCCCUGUUAUGGACCCCAAAAUAUACCUUCAGCGCGCGUCUUUUGUCAUUGCGUUAGCUCCCAAACGCUAAACUUAGUAGAUAUGGCUAAGUACAAUGAAGCUUUCUCCAGGCGAAUGGCCAUGGCUGGAAUCAAACACCACAACCGUAUUGCUCUAGGUGUAUCCGGGGGACCGGAUAGCAUGGCUUUGUGUGUUCUAGCUGCUAGUUGGAAAACUGAAGGCCUAUAUGGAUUUGACAACAGUGGCAAAUUCAUUGAUGGUCUUUUCGCAAUAAUUGUUGAUCAUGGGCUACGUUCAGAAAGCAAAGAUGAAGCAAGUCUAGUGGGAAAUCGGGUUUCAGAAAUGGGAAUCAGAUGCAAGAUUGUCCGUUGUGAUUGGUUGAAUGGGAAGCCUAAACAAGGUCACUUGCAAGAAUCUGCUCGAGACAUGAGGUAUAAAAUAUUUCAAGAUGUUUGUAUGCAAAACCAGAUCAGUGUUUUACUUGUUGCACAUCAUGCAGAUGACCAGGCUGAGUUAUUCAUUCUUAGAUCAUCUCGUGAUAGUGGGGUCCUUGGACUUGCUGGCAUGGCAUUCACAUCUCAAGUGUUUUCCUCUCAUACAAAUUUUUGUAACAAUGAUUGGAAAAAUCAUAGUGUUCUUCUAGUGCGGCCUCUGCUUGAUUUUUCAAAAGAAGACAUGUACAAGAUAUGUCAAGGGAGUAACCAGGAUUGGGUUGAAGAUCCAACAAAUCGAAGUCCAUUAUUUGCUCGGAAUAGGAUUAGGGCAUCGUUAGGAAAUUUGUUAUCAGGUACCUUUAAUUCUGAGCUACAAGCAGUUAUUUCUGUCUGUCGAAGAACACGCAUCUAUGUUGAUCAAAUGUGUAACAGUUUAAUAAAGCAGUCCAUUACCGUAAUGGAUCAAGGUUUUGCAGUUAUCAAUUUAAAGACACUUAAUCCAUCAAAAAUUGAGGAUAUAUGUCUGUCUAAAUUUAUUUCAUUGGUUUUACAGUUUGUUUCACAAAGGCAGAGGCCAAUCAGAGGCAGUACUUCAAAAUUGCUGUUGCAAUACAUACGUACCAUCCCAUGCAAGACUUCCCUGACUGCUGCUGGUUGCUACAUUUGUCCGGCUCCUGGAUCUAAGGGCUUCAAAGCUCUCGUCUGCUGCUCUGUUGAUUGUCCUCUGCCUUCAAAUGCAGAAUCAUUUCACACAUUUUCUAAUGUAGAAGAGAAGCAUUGCUUUUCAGAUGAGCUGGAACAAAUUAUAGCGAAUGGGAAAUCAUAUUCUAAUAAUAACCUGGUCACCAAUUCAUCCCAAGCGCAGUUUUUGGACAUGAGAUCUCAAUCAGUACUAGAUGAAGCCCGGAGAUUAGAUGUUAUCAGUGAAUCAACUCAUAGAAACAUUAUCUCAUUCCAAAGGGAGGAAGUCAGUCAUUUUAAGUCUAAAACUGAUGAAGUUGCAUCUGGGUGUGAGUCAAAGCAGGGAACUGAACAUAUUGCUGCAUUUCUGAGUGAACCACUCCUCCCAGGGCAAACAUGCUACUUUAUGAACCGAUUCAUUAUCUCAUGGAAACUAAGCAAGGAAAUCAGUAGCAAUUGGUUUCGUGGGGAACCUCUUUCUCUUUCAUAUUUGGAAGGGGACGGUCAUUGCUGCUGUGUAAAUGAGGAUGAAAUGGUAGCCAAGGUACGUACCAUGAUUGAUGCUGAUUGGCUCUAUCUAGCCAAGUUGACAAAGUUGCCACAUUCAGAUAAUUUUGAAGCGACAAGACUUCCAUUAACUGGUAAGAUAACAUGCUCGGAUUAUUCAAGGUUGUCAGCAAAAGUAGCUCUUAAAUCACUGAAAUCCAUCCCAGUUGCAGCAAGAAAAAGCAUCCCUGUACUGGUUGAUGAUCUUGGACGGCUACUAAGCAUCCCGAGUAUUGGCUUUAAACAUUGCCCUUGCAUGAAGGCUUCUGCUGUAUUCAAGCCAAGGGUACCACUUGGAGGAGGACACGGUUCCUUUCUGUAGUCAUGGUAAUUUAAGUUUCACCAGGUCUGUAAAUUUCAAUAUGCCUGGGGUACUUGGAGGAAUGCCAUUUUCACUCUAAAAAGGCUGGGAAGAGUUCAUAUUAUAUAGAUUUCGACACUUUUACACAUACAUUCUAUUGUGUUUUAAGUUAGCAUCAUUCAAUUUUGAUUGUAGAAAGUUUUUAACAUCUAAAACCCCAGUUGGCAUUUUAGGGUUGUUUCAUUUAAUUCUUUCAGAAGUACAUGAGUAUUCAUUCAGUUGUA